CUCUUAUUAUCAGAGACAUCAACAGCGAUACAAGUGAUAACUUAAACAAGCCAGAGGGUUCAAGUAUCUCGAAGAGAAGAAUUGCUGACUAUAAUUUACAUGCCACCCAAAAAGAAACAGGCCCAGGCCUCUAAAAGCACGAAUCGACCAGUGAAUGGUGGUGGUAAGAACGAAGGAGAAUCCUCUAAAUCCAAGGCCAAAAACAAAGAACAACAGAAUAAGACGAACUCAAAGAAGAAAAAGGUUCAGGCAGACCUUGAUUUUUAUUCGGAUAUUGAUAAAGAGUAUAACUCAGGACAGUCUAAACCUAAUCGAUCCUUGAUUUUAGGAAAAGAGAAUGGUUUGAAAAGCUUGUUCUCUUCUAGUCAAUCCAAGGAGACAAAGCCUGCUAACGACAGUUCCAAUACUGCGGUGUUCUCACCAAGCUCGUCUACUGCAAAUCGUUCAUUUGAAGAGGAUGAAGGAUUUAUCUAUAAGAGAAGCCAGGAAGUGGAUAACGGGAAACCCACAUCUAAACCAAAACCAAAACCAAAAACAUCUAAAGCUAAACCUAGUAAUGCUAAUAAUAAGACCACAAAACUGAGUCUGAAACAAUCGGUAAAUGGGAAGAAACGGCCAAUCAGUACUCCUCUAGCGCGUCUUCAACAAGAAACUGCCAAUCUAUCAGUUAAUGAAGAUGAUAGUAUACAUUUUGAAGACGUUGAAGAAACUAUAAAACCCCCAAGCAAGACUAAUGGUAAGGCAGGAUCCAAUUUGGAGCCACAGUUGUCCUCGCCCAUAAGAUCACCAUCCACAUACAAAAACUAUUCAAACGCCUUUGAUGAUGAUCAUUUUUCAUCCGAUGGAUAUUCGGAGGAAGUGUCACACCACAAGAUUGAAUUAGCUCCUGAAUCUCCUCCGUCUCCACCAAUUCCUAGACCAACGACAGCCAACCUGAAAAAGAGGACAAAACGCAGUGACACUAAUCGAACUACUAAACGUAGAGCAUCAUAUCAUAAUCGGGGUAAACGAAUACUGUCUAUUGGCAAUGGUUACGUUGGUGAGCCUCAUGAGCAAAUUGAUCCAAAAGAAUAUUAUAAAUUCUUGGACGACUCAAUGCCUGAUCCUAAUAGAAUGAGGCAAUUAUUGGUUUGGUGCUUUAAGAAAACUUUACAGCGUCAUGACGAACGACAAGAACAACAGUCCCCCUCGGCUGAAACUGUUAAAGGUAUUACAAAAGUAAUUGGAGAAGAAUUCUUAGAAGGCCUUACCAAUGGUAAAAUAUCAACCAGUUGGUAUAAUAGACAAGAUGAUGAUGAUCAGUAUAAUCAGGUUAUGAGACCGGUUGUGCCGAAUCCAUUGAAUGAAUCUAAUGAAGAAAAUAUCAAAAUUUUUGAAGACAAAUUGAUCCAAUUACAACAAGAAAAGCAAGAAUGGCACCAAGCUUAUAAAGAUGCAAUAACACCAGUCUCCAAGAUGAAGCUAAGUCUGAUUGAAGAAAAAGAUCAAAGUCGAGAAGAUUUAAGAGACUAUCUCAAAGAAAAAGUUACUGCUACGAGCGAUGUUGAUUUUAACUCAUCGAUUCUUGAUGAGUCGCUUUUGAAAUCCAUCAACAAAUCAUGGCAAGAUGUUAAAGACGAGAGCCCUAAUGAUUUGGAAUCUUCGGUUGAUAAAUUAUACAAUACAUCAUUUCAAGUUCAAAAGGCAAGCGAAUUGGUCCAAACAGUGCAAAAUAAUAAUAUUAGUGGUAAAGUAAGUAACCUAUUUAAAAAGUUUUUCGUCUCGAGAAAUGACAUGAUUAACUACAAAUCGGAUUCACACAAGUCUCAAUUCAAAUCACCUUGGCCGGUACCUCCAAGACCAAUUACGACUCAUGAACUUUUACGAGGAAUUUCAAAAAUUGACAACCCCAUUGAUAAUACUCCUAACGACAAUUGAAUAUCUCUCGGAAAAUCCAAUUGAAAUUCGAUUAUCGAGUCUAAUUGAGGUUACAUUAUGCACAUUUAUCCUUCUGAAAUAAUUAGACUUUCUUCUUGUGUCCCCUUGAUAAUCCAGCUUGUUCAAAGUUAUUCCCGUUUUUUCUUCCUUUUUGCAUAUCCUUGUACACUAGCACCCAUUUUCAUCUUCAACCCUAAUCCCCAAUUGAAUAGAUUUCAAUAUGUAAC